AUGGAUGCUGUGCCAGAAUCAGUCACAUGCGCAAAUCUAACCAGUGGUGGAAAAUCAGAACUUCUAAAAUCAGGUGGUUCCAAAUCCACGCUAAAGCACAUAUGGACAGAGAGUAGCAAAGACUUAUCCAUCAGCCGGCUGCUAUCACAGACUUUCCAUGGCAAAGAGAACGAUACGGAUUUGAGCCUGCGGUAUGAUGCCCCAGAAACAUAUUCCGAGCAAGAUCUCUGGGACUGGCUGAGGAACUCCACGGACCUUCAAGAGCCUCGCCCCAGAGCAAAGAGACGGCCCAUUGUCAAGACUGGGAAGUUUAAGAAAAUGUUUGGCUGGGGCGAUUUUCAUUCCAACAUCAAGACAGUCAAGUUAAACCUGUUGAUAACUGGGAAAAUAGUGGAUCAUGGCAAUGGGACGUUUAGCGUUUACUUCAGGCAUAAUUCCACUGGCCAAGGGAAUGUAUCUGUGAGCUUGGUGCCCCCGACUAAAAUCGUGGAGUUUGACUUGGCACAACAGACAGUGAUUGAUGCCAAAGAUUCCAAGUCCUUUAACUGCCGCAUUGAGUAUGAGAAGGUCGACAAAGCCACCAAGAACACCCUCUGCAACUACGACCCUUCAAAAACAUGUUACCAGGAGCAGACCCAAAGCCACGUCUCCUGGCUCUGCUCCAAACCGUUUAAAGUGAUCUGCAUUUACAUUUCCUUUUAUAGUACAGAUUAUAAACUAGUACAGAAGGUGUGCCCCGAUUACAACUACCACAGUGACACGCCUUACUUCCCUUCAGGUUGAAGUGGGCCACGCCUCUCAGACUGGACCCUGUGGAGUAAAUAAAUAAAUACACAAAUAAAAUAAUGCUAAUUUUAAACAAAAGUAUGGGGGGGAAAUGUGAAAGAGGUCACACGACAGGGCUGUUACCUCAAAGAAGAAGGCCACAUCUCUUGCCUGGAAUGUGUCUACACACUGCUGCUGAUGUCAACUGGCUGCAAAUAUCUUAGCGGAAACCAGUCUAAUGUCAUUUCUGCCCAGUCAGUUCCAUGUAUAUCAGUCCAGUUGUAAAUCACUGUGGAUUUAAAAUAGUACCACAC